ACAUGAAGAAAUCCAACACUUGUCAAGAGGCCCAGUCCUGAUCAAGCUUGCCUUGCUCUCGCGCUCCGAUCCGAGUUCUUGCAUCGGUUGGACUGCCUGGACAAGUCAAAAAUUUCCUACAGUAAUACUAAUAGGUUUGCUUCAGUGUUCAGUGCAGUCUGCAUAUGCACACGUGUUGAUAACGUUACGUACCGAGAUUUGUGAGGACACUAGCAAGCAAGUCAGUGCAGCAACAUAGUGCUGUAGUACAUGUAGUCGUGGGGAGAACGCUUCGCUGAUCGCUAGGCACAGCAAGCCGCAGACCACUGAGAUAUUCGCCUAGAUAGAGUUUGGCAAGUAAAAGAGUGGACAUAGACAGCUACAGCUAUGGCCGCCAUCUUUAACAGCCGGUUAUACCUCGUUGUUGUCGUCGUGAUGGUCAUUGCUCUGCAGUGUACCUAUGCCAGGAACCAUGAUGCAAUGGGACAUGACCCAGUACCCAACUAUUGUCAAUACACCAUCAACCUGGCGGCUAAGGGGUAUGACGUGGUGGCCUACUUCAGCCUGGAUGCCAAGUCGAACGGCACGAUAGGCAGUUCCGAGCACUCGUUCGUCUUCAACAAUGCCACCUUCCACUUCUCUUCCGUGCAGAACAUGGUCAUGUUCAAGAGCAAUCCCUGGAAGUAUCACCCGGCCUUUGGCGGCUUCUGCGCGUUCGGCAUGGCCAAGUUCCCGUCGACACUCAAGGAGCUCCAGCAGCAUCCCCCGAUCGGGCCGCCUAUCUGCCCUCUAACCCAGUGGACGGUGUUCAACGGCACCCUGUACCUGAACGACUGCGCGACCCGCGAUCAGUGGCUGGCCAAUCGCGACACGUUCAUCAAGGAUGCAGUGGACCGAUGGCAGAGCUACUUUGGCAUGCAACACGGUGGGCCGACAAACAUUGACUGCUUCGGUCCAUAACAAAGGCAGCAUAGCAGAACUGCAUUGCACACAUGCAAGAAUUGAUGAAAUGGAAUCUUACACGAGUUAAAGUGCAUGACACAUGUAUUUUGUCAAUUAUUUGCACAGACCUUGACCGAUCAGCUAUUUACGCGAUCUGUCAGCACGAAGUCUUAAAUCGACACCCAUCGCUUUUAAAAACACCCAAGAUCCGGGAAUUCUUUUGCCCUUUUUAAUUUUUUUUAUUUGCCACGACCCUUUUGUCUUCACAGUAGAGUCACGGCCCAAGAACUGAUUCAUCCAAGGGCUGCUUCAUCCCGAGGCGUUCUUACUUUUCACGAAUCUGGCUGCGUUCUUAGAAACAAUUUGUACCGCAUGUAUCGUAAACUCAUAAUGAUUACGAUCCGCGGUCUUGGUUAGUCGUCACCGUUCCCAUGGUAAAAUACGAAUGAAUGAUACUACUACAGA